AUGACAGGACGCGGAAUCACCAAGCCUGCCAUUCGUCGGUUAGCUCGCCGCGGAGGAGUGAAACGUAUCUCCGGUUUGAUCUACGAAGAAACACGUGGUGUGUUGAAAGUGUUCUUGGAGAACGUAAUCCGCGACGCAGUCACAUACACCGAACACGCCAAGAGGAAAACAGUCACCGCUAUGGACGUCGUUAACGCACUGAAACGUCAAGGCCGUACCCUUUACGGUUUCGGAGGCUAA